AUGAGAGCCGUCCAGUACUGUCCUCUGCUGCUGCUGCUGUCUCUGACUCUGCUGGUGACUCACAGUAAGGACCAGAUCUUCUGUUUCAUAACUCCUGGUAUCCCUCUUUAACGUCUCUGCUCCACCUGUACUCAUGUGGACCGGGUUCAGAUCCUUCUUCAGGUUGAGGUCUUGCUGCUCUUGAGUCUUAAUUCCUCAGAGGUCUGACCCAGAACUCAGGAGGAGUAUCAUCUCAGUUUAUUCAGACAAACCUUUGAUUGUCUUCUUCUUCCUCUUAUGAGAUUAUUCCACUGUACUUCAGAUCUUUCCAUGAAGCUCGGAUCUGUUUGGAUAACUGUUUCUAAUUUCGUUGUAAUUCCUCCGAGUUUCUCCUCCUCCUCCUCCUUCUUCAGUCUGUCAUCCUCAUCCUCCUCCUCCUCCGAAACAAGCAUGCAAUCCGGGCGAUAAUCUCUUAAUAAGCCUGCAGGCUAAUGCUUCCAGCAUGUGAGUGGAUCUGCUGUGCUGCAGGGAUAGAACGGGGUCAACUCCAAAACAGCAGGGGGCAUCAGGCCUGACAUGUCAACACAGAGGAGGGGGUGAGGUUCAAGAUCAUAGAAGACAUGCGGACAGUUUACUGCUGUUUUUAUUAUUAUUAUUUUAGAGUUAAAUAAAGGAGAUCUGAGAGGUUUUAACGUUAUCAUUCAGCAUCAUGAAGUUGAUUUGAAGGACAGAUUAUUAGGGACACUUUAAGAAAUUAAAAAGUUCUUAUCUUGUUAAACAGUAAAUGAGACCAACAGGGUCACAUUAAAAAAAAGAUAACUUUCUAAGAAUUAAGUCUUGAUGUAACGAGAAUAAAUUUGUAAAUAUUAAGACAAUUAUAUAUUAUUAUAUAUUCUUUAUUUUUACUAACUUGUUUAUUUAUUUUUUAUUGAUUUAUAUUUUUUACUACUCACCACCUCAGAUAUUUAUAUUUCUUUAUUGAUUGAUGAUUAAUUAUUUUACUCAUUUAUUUAUUUACUUAUUUUAUUGAGUAUUACAACUGCUAUUUAUUUAUUUUAUCUAUUCAUACAUUAAUUUAUUCACUUAUUUAUCUACCCACUUUUUCUCUUCCUCUAUCAUCUUUACUUUUUUCUUUAUUUUCUUUCUUUGUCUUUAGUUUACUUCUAACUGCUCAUGUCCAUCUGCUGGGGCAGAAAAUGCAGAAUUUUACUUUAAUCAGUAAUUAGAACACUGUUAUUAUUGUUCUAGUAUGUAAAAUUUAAAUAAACAGACUAUUAAAAUAUAUAUAUAUAUUUAUAUAUUUUUAUAUUUAGACAAUUAAGUUGUAGCAAAGUCAUGAUAACACCAAACUUAGGUUAAAAACUCUGCUCACCACUUUACACCCAGAACAUCUUAACAUUAUGACUUCUCGUUAUUCUUUUAAUAUCAUGACUUCAUAAUGACUUUAAUCCAGUAACAUAAUGACUUAAUUCUGUUAAUAUGACUUUACUCUAACUUUACUCCUGUAACAUCAUAACUUUAAUCCUGAAAUCUUAAUAAAUAAUUUUCCACAUUCAGUAAAAAUCUAUAUUUAUAAGAUUUUCUCUCAGUGUUCUGACAUUUACAGUCAUUGUCGGCUAAAGUAAUGAGUUUUUAUUUCACGGUUUUGUUUUUAAAAUCUCUUUGAACGUGACCUUCAUAUCUCCUCCAUCAUACAUCUCCUGGUUUGAUCAGACAGCUUCACCUUUGCUUGUUCUCACCUGUAUAUAAAUAAAUCCUCCAUCCGAUCUCCACGGAAACAAAAGUCCGGGUUCAGGCGGGUUAUUUCUGACAGAACAGGAGACGUGUUUUUAUGAAGAGCGGCUGGAGCUGCCGGUGAAACGAUCACAGCUCUGUUUGAUCCUCUUCAGAAGCAGCAGUAAAGACCGAUUCUGACCGGUGAUGGUUUCCGAAAAGACGCGUUAAAGUGAUUUUAAAAGGUCAGACACUUCUGAGAGAGAGAGAGAGAGAGAGAGAGAGAGAGAGAGCAGCUCCUUCCUCAGGGACAGAGUUUUAUUCUCUGAAAUGGACUCUUGGAUCUUAAAGUGAAGGUUAGAGAGACUCUUUUUAUAUCACAGGGAGUAAUAAGUGCCCACUCAUCAGAGCCACCAGCCGUGACUUUACCUCAGCUGUUGACUCUGCAAGAACUGAGCAGGUCAGUGUCUUCUUUCUGGAGAUGUACAACAUAAUCUGUGUGAUAUCAGUAUUGGCAGAUGGUAGUUUAAACGUACAAUUAUCAAUAUCAGCAGUUAGAUUUCUGUUUAAAUGUACAACUGUUAAUUAAUUCAGUAAAUUCAGACACUUUCAGACUCUAAACAGGAUCUUUAUCUGGACUCUAAAUGUGGCUCAAAGUGAAUCUAAUGAGACUUUCAGGACAAAAAAACACAAACCUGCAAUUACUUCACACUCAGGCAGAAACCUUUGGUCUAAAGAUAUGACGUAAACAUGAAAGUGUUAUGACUGCAGUUCCCUAAGUGUCCACUAGAGGCUGACUGCAGGGGCUCUGUUAACCACAUACACACCCAUCAAAAAAGUCCACCUUUGACAGCCUGGUUCAUGUCGAAUGUAAACAAUAUCCAGAGAGGAUUUUAGACACAGAGAGGACAUCCAGAGGGCACUUAGUUUACAUGUUAUACCCUGAAAGGACUCUAGAGGGCGCUGUGUUUACGAAUAAUUCGACUAAAGAUCCAAAAUGAACAUUUUUAACACAAUACCCACUGAAAAAAAAAACCUCCAGAACUUUUGAGGGUGUCCUUUUGUUUACGAUGAACAUAAACAGGACUGAAAAACCGUCCUGUGAACCAGCAACUGUCGUCCUCGUCCUGAUGUCCCAGUUUGGGUUUUAAAGGACAAACCUGUCCACGCUAACAUUUGCAGAAGACUUCCUCCUGAAGCCUUAUGAAGACAGUUUUUUUUUCGAUCCCGUGUCUCAAACCUGAGGACAUCUUUGUGUCUCAUUUCUCUCAAACUAAACCGUCCCUCAGAAAUCAUCUCUCUCUCUUCUGCUCUCCUGUUGUGAUGCUUUGUGUUUCUGUCAGUGUGUCAGCAGCUCCUCUCUCUGUUUCUGCAGGUGAAGCUCUUCGAUGUUACACCUGUAUGGGCUCCAAUAACGAAGACUGCAACCGGCAAGGUUCCAAAUCCUGUCCCAGCUACUCGGACGCCUGCGCCGUGGUGGUCGGCCAUAACAGUGAGUCCAACAGAGAGAGAGAGAGAGGAGCAGCUCCUUAUUAGCUCUCCGACCAACACACACACUUUCAAACACAUACAGCAGUGUGUGUGUUUGUGUGUGUGUGUUAGUGUGUGUUUGUGUGUGUGUGCAUGCUGCAGUCUGGAGUCAGUGGGGGGGUCAGAGGCUUUUAAGGACAUGAAGAGCUUUGCUGCUUCUCCUCCUCAAUCGAUAUCCAGCAUGUGUUCAGAGACCAGAGACAAAUCCUCCAAAAUAAAGGACUCUCAGUUCACUCAUUCAAACCUCCCUAACAACAACAAUAACCGACCCUUAAAUAUCCUCAAUAACUCGUCAAGAUAUUAAAUUAUUCCCACAAGACUGUUGGAUUGACUGUUGGAUUGUUAGUGACUAGCGGCAGUAAACGCCAGCUCUGCUGUGAGCGCCGUCUGCAGCUUCCUGGACAGCUAUGUGUUGACAUGUCAGAGACUAAUCAGACUAAUAAUUGACCUGUUCAACAAAAACUCUGCUGUCUCGGCGUCUGUUUUCACGACCAAAUCCUGGCGGCAAAUUUUUUUUUUUUUGUAGGAUGGGAAAGGUCCCACCCUCCUUCGCCUCUGAUUGGUUAGAAGUGCUGGGCUCUGAUUGGUUAUUCCUUAUGGCUUUGAAACAUCAUCGUCUGUCGGGUUAGGAGAUUCAGCAGUGCGAUAAUGUUCAGUUCGAUGUUCAGAGUCGACAGCCUGCGUUUGGCUUGAGCGUGUGAUGACGUUUCCAGCUUUUCCAGCCAAUCAGAGGCAAAGGAGGCGGGACUUUCCCCUACCAUCCUUCAAAAUAUCGCGUCCGGGACGGAUGGCUCCCAUUGGUCAAUGUUUUUGCAGCCCUGCACCUGAUAGGGUGAACAGAUUUUUUCCGAUCUUUUUUCUCUUCACUUCACUCUAUAGGACCAUGAUCGCCAUAGAAACGAGGUUCAUGAUAAUUACCAAUCUCUUUAAUCGUCAACCACACCUUUAAAUAUCCUCAAUAACUCGUCAUUCUGGUUGAGUUAAUGACUCAGAAGUUCUGAACUUAUGUCAUGUGCUCAAAAUAACAACAUAUUCCAACAAGAAAACUCUCUGAACUCAAAAUAUAAUUAUAAUAUAUAUAAAAUAUAAUUAUUCCCACAAGAUUGUUGUAUUGUGCAAAAAAGUUCUCCAACUGUGAUCUUCUUCCCCUUCAGAUGAGGAUUUUGUGCAGAAUAUCGACUGAAUUUGUUGUGCAUUCACUUUUUGUGCUCACAGUUAAAUCAUCCUGAGCUCACAAACUAACGAUUUGCUCCCUGAUAUAAAAAUGCUGGUUUCAGGAGUUUUGGGGUCGCCUCUCAUUAGUCUAGUGGUGUCAGAGAAAACUCAGGUGUAACCGAGAGCGACAGCUGCUGACUCUCUCUAACGUCACCUCUGUGUCUGUCUGUCAGGUGGGGUGAUGAAGUCGUGCUCCUACAAGUCUUUCUGCAGUCAGGCCAACAGUCAGGGUUACAGAUCCCCCGGCGUCCGAGUUCACUGCUGCUACAGCAACGACUGCAACGUGACGAGCCGGGCCGGUCCGCUGCCAGGACUCAAUUAUCUGCUGCUGCUGCUGCUGCCUCUGCUGAUCCACGGCCUCUUUAAGUAG